AUGGAUAGUCUUGAGUUUGAGCAAGAUGGGGUUUCAACACCAUUUUCAUAUACACCGCCAACUCACUACACUCUAAAAAUAGGGUCAUUUUCGUUGCUAAAGAAGCAUUCAGCGGAUAGAUUUGAGUCGGGGGAGUUUGAUGCUGGAGGAUACAAAUGGAAACUGGUGGUGUACCCAAAUGGAUACGAGAAGAAGAAUGUGGAAGACCACAUCUCUGUCUAUCUAGAAAUGGCUGGAGCAGAAUCACUUGAGACUGAUGCUAAUCUAAAGAAGAUGUGCUUGCACGUGGCGAUGCUCGAAGUAGCCGAGGUCUUUGUUUGUAAGGAAAGAAGAGCGGGCAAGGCAGAGUGCCUACCAAGGAUCAACAAUGCUGUUAUUGUAUCAGAAGAAAACAAUGAUUUUAUGAACAAGCAUGUUUGGAAGAUUGAGGAAUUUUCAAAGUUAAAACCCGAACCCUUGGAAUCAAAACCAUUCAAUGCUGGAGGGCAGACAUGGAAGAUACAGCUCUUUCCCAAGGGAGAUAGCCAUGGAAAGGAUACUCAUGUUUCUCUUUACUUAACAUUGGCUAAUCCAGAAAAGCUAUCUACUGCCUCCAAAAUACUUGCACAGUUUACUCUUCGCAUCGUAGAUCAAUUAAACGCCAAGCAUUUUUUUCGUCAAGCUAGUAAUUGUUUCAGAGCCUCGAGUCCGUCUUGGGGUUGGUCUAAUUUCAUUAUGUUGGGCUUUUUCAAAGAGAGAGACAAGGGUUAUUUGGUGAUGAAUACUUGCGUAGUCGAGGCAGAGGUCACUGUCCGCUCAUAA